AUGGGCAGCCGACCCCGCAGCCCCAGCGCGUCCCCUGCGGACCGGCGGGAACCACAGCCUGGAGGACCCGGCCCUGCCAAGCGCCGCCGAACGGAGGAGCCCGCUGGCCACCAGUUCGAGGAGGCGCCCGGCCUGGACAACGUGACAGGAACCCCAGGCACUGAUGAGCUCACCUCCCUGGUGGUUCUGGCCGAAGGCUGUGCACUGCACGUGACCCUGGAUGACGUCGACCUGGUACUGGAGCCUGAGCCAACGUCCGUGAUGCAAGUGUCUCUAGGAGAUCACACCCUCAUACUGGUCCCUGGAGCUCUCCUGGGCUCUGGCAUUGUAUUCCUGGGAGGGCAGGGCCACUCAGCUCUUGUCCUGGAACAGGGAGCUUCCCCGAGCGGUCCCGGGGAGUGCAUUGCCCUCGAGCAGGGAUUCUUCUAUGGAUCUGUCCCAGAGAUCUCUGGCCAAGAAGAAGUCUACGAGGAGGACGCGGACGCCGAGUUGCUGCAGGCUGAGAUGGAUGCCGCAGCCGGCUCAGUUAUUGGGCUCCUCCUCCCUACUGGAAGUGCGUGGGACGCCCACCUGUUGGGCCUAGUCUCAGAGCCCUCGCCUUGGAGCCCCAGCACUAGUCCAGAGAGAGGCUCUCCUCACCACGAUGACAACCUGGACCUCUACCUUCCAGAGCCCUUCCCCGACUCACCACUCCAGCCUCUACCUCCCUCUCCUUGUCUAGGUCCUCAGGAGCGCCCCCAACGCCCUCUUGGUACAAAGUGCAAGGCCCGGAGAUGCCUGUUCCAGGAAUGA